GGGGGUUUCCAAACAUUUAUCAGUCAUUUCAAGGACUGAUAUCACAAUCCACACAGGUGUUGCCAAAGUUCAUUUUCGGUUUCUCUGAUUGCUAUGGCUGAAAAGAGGUUUGUCAAGUUGCUGUUAUUGAUGAUGCUCUUCGAGCUCCUAAUUUUUCCUGCCGAUGUGGCAUCGUUGAGGCGGAGGCGCCGCCGCCCUGUCUGUAGUUCACAAAAACCUGCAGGCGCCAGAUGGGUUAACAACUGGCAAGGAAGUUUCAGUUUCCAAUGUAGCGCCGGAAAAUCCGUGCAACUCUGGAAAAGUAUACACCGCAACUGCAAACAAGACCGUAUUCACAGUUUUAACUGUAAAUAUGGUCCCGUCCGUUACAAAAGCUGUGACUGCACCUGGCAAAAUUACGCGAACAGCUACGAUAAGCCGUUGGUCUUCAAGUGUCCUAACAAUGGCUUUAUAACAGGAAUCCGCAGUUUUUACAGCACUUCUUACCAAGAUCGCAAGUUUCGCUUCCGCUGUUGCCAUAUUAAAAAAUACAGGCCAAACAAAUGUAAGAUAACUUCACUGCGAAACUUCUGGGACCGGAAUCUAAACUACAGAGUUCCUCACAAUUAUUACUUGGUGGGAGCCUUCAGUGAUCAUGACAAUCGCUAUCAGGAUCGUCGCUGGCAGUUCGAGAUUUGUCAAUUCGGAAGGUGCCGCUAAAGAUCGCACUGAACAACUGAGCGAUUGACACCGAGUGGAAACAUUUAAUGAAGGGCGCUAAAAUCAGAUUAGUUUUGCAUGUUUUGAGAAUAAAAAUUAAGAGAAGGGAUGAUUAAUACAGCAACUUUUAUUUGAGCUGACACAUACGAGCUCAAGACAGUAAAUCAAAUUGUAACAAAGGGAACAGAAUAAAGAUGUUUUGAUAUUAAUCUUAGUGUAUGCUUGGGACAAUAACAUAAUAAAAAUGCUUGCUUUAAAAAAC